UCACAAACACUUUGCGACUUGACCAAGACCUUUCACCCGCACCACUCUCAUCCAUCACACACACAAAUGGCACCCAAGGAAGCUCCCGCUGCUGCAGCCCCUACUGGUGGCAAGAAGCCCGCUGGAAAGGCACCCGCAAAGCCCGCAACAGAGAAGAAGGAAAAGUCAAAGAGGAAGACUAUCCGUCGUGAGACCUACUCUACAUACAUCUACAAGGUGUUGAAGCAAGUGCACCCCGACACUGGUAUCUCCAACAAGGCCAUGUCCAUCAUGAACUCUUUCGUCAACGACAUCUUUGAGCGUAUUGCGGGAGAGGCAUCCAAGCUCGCUGCCUACAACAAGCGCUCCACCAUCAGCUCACGUGAGAUUCAAACCUCAGUGCGUCUUAUUCUUCCCGGUGAACUUGCCAAGCACGCUGUUUCUGAGGGUACCAAGGCUGUGACGAAGUACCAGUCUGCUAAAUAAGCUCCGCGCUCCGUCUCUUUUGCAUAGUAUAAUAUUUGGAUCAUGCGCCCGUCGGUGGCUUCAUUCCGCGUUUUUGUCAAAACGCACUGCAAACGUUUUGUUUUGUAAAUAGUUGAUAAUAAAUUGCUUGAAUUUGAAAUCUACAA